UCAGCAUUAUACAAAUACAGGUUUCUCAAGUACAAAUCAUCAGUUAGAAAGAUAUGAGAAUGUACCCAGUUCUUUGAACCAAAGCGCACAUAGAUUAACACAUUCCAAUCACUCAAUACUUGAUCACCAGUCUAGCAUUAAGACUACUGCAGAUGGUGAUGCUCCUCAAUCCUUUAAAAGAGACUGGUACCAACUCUCUGGAUCACACAGUACAUCUUUUCAGCAUGAGGAUCUUCAGGAUUUCCUUCCAGAAGGGGAUAAAUUACCAUUCUCCUUGCAAGAGAGAAGGAUGGAGCUUCAAAGAGCCAUGAACUAUCAUUUAGAGGAGGAACCACACCAGGAUCUCUAUGCUGAUACAUCAAGCCAUGGUGAUAAGAGGCUGAGAUGCUCUGCGGAUUCCGCUUCAAAGAUAAGAGGAAGUCUUUCAGAGAUGAGUUUCUCCACCACCAGGGGCAGCCCACGUCGAGUCACCUCCAUCCUGUGGGUAUUCAAACUGUUAGACAUACUGCACAACCAUCCUGUGGAAAAACAUGAGGUCCUUGUUUCACAGGCCUACUGGUUUAGGAGAUGGUUGAGUAAGGUGAGAUUACUGAAGAUGAUCCGUCAAGAGGAGAAUACUAAGUGGAGAAGAGCUGUCAUCUACCACAAUAUCUCCGUCCAGCAGAAGUGCCUAAGGCAGUGGAUGGCUGCAGUGCAGUCAAGGAGCAAGUCAGCUAGACUCCUUUACCAGCACCGUCUUCUACGCAAAGGACUCAGUGCAUUCAGGUUUGCUGUAAUGAGCAGUAAAGUCCAGGCAGUACAGCUGGAGACAAGGCUAAGGAUCACGACUCUUGCCAAGUAUUUUAACAAGUGGAGUACCCUUACACAGCUGCGCAAAGAGAAGGAAGCCAUCUUGGAGCAAAUAGCCUAUCAGCACGUCACUGUCAGAGCAUUCAGUGCCUGGAAAGAAGGCUACCAUGCACAGCAGAGAAUGGGCAUUGCAGAUCUCCAUUACAAAGUGGGUCUCUUGUCAAGGUGCAUAGAAAGCUGGAAGACGUAUCUUGCUCAUCGGAGGAGGAAGUUUUACCAGACGGAGGUAGCGAGGGUCUACCAUGAGGACAGUCUUGUCAAGAGAGCCUGGGUAACCAUGGCAACCAUCUGUGGUGAGAGACAAAAGGCCCGGAGACAAUAUAGGCGGUCAAUGCUGCGCAGGUCCUGGAGGGCAUGUAGGAGUGGCAUACAGAUCAUCAAGAUGGAGAAUCUUCAUGACAAUGCCAAGGCUGUGGUCUUCAGGGAGCGAGCAAUCCUCCAGAGGUUCUUUGCCGACUGGAAGGAGAGAGCCAAUGUCUCCAUGGUGACACACAGGAGGGAGAAAUCACAACUCAGUCAAGCCUUUGAACUUUGGAAACUGAAGCAUCACAGGAGGCAAGUGCUCUAUCGGAUCCUGGACUCCAAGGCUCGCAAGACUCGGAGAAAGAGGGCAUUUUUAGCAUGGAGGGAGCUCACGCAGCGGUCUGCAGAGGCGCAACGGCAAGGGGUUAGGUUGAUUGCAAGGGUGCAGAUGGGGGUUGUGAUGUCCGCAUGGCGGUCAUGGACAAGCCUUCGAAUAUGUCAUAGGCAAACUCUUCAACGUCACCUGGCUGUCCACGAUGCCAAGACAGUGGGCAGUGCCUUCCGUUGGUGGAAACUCUGUUGGCUGAGGGAGAGGGCGCUGCGUCAAGGUCUGGAGAGAUGGUCGGAGCGAUGCCUGAAGAGGGCAGCACAGCGAUGGAAACAGCACGUGGUCAAACGCAGGCAAUGGGACAAGGCUGAGGAGUUGGUUAAACAGUCGGAGAAUGCUUGUCUGAGAAGGUCGUUCUCAAAGUGGGUCGAAGCCAAAGCUCAAUCUGACCACGACAGACAGAGGGCAGCAGACAUGCACUCUCUCUUAAGCCGCAGUCAGCUACACCGAACUUUCCUUGCUUGGAGGCUGGAGAUGAUGGUGACAAGAGCCGUCGGACCAUUGACCGAAAGGAGAGAGAAACGGUGUCUGGCCAAAGCAUUUGACAGCUGGAGAGAUAUUAUCACAAGGAAGAAAAUGGGACAGAACUUUGCUGAAAGGUGCAAGAACAGUAUCACUGCAAUAACAUUUCGAUAUUGGAGAAACCAGACAGAGUGUCGUCUCCAUGCCAAGCAGGAGCAGGACUCCCUGGAGGCCAGCCUCGUCUUGGGAUGCUUCCAGGCCUGGCAGAGGCUCCACCAGAGAGAGACAACAAGGAGAACGGUUGCCAAGCAACGGGAGGCGGAAUGCCUGAGGGAGGCGUUCACAUCGUGGAAAGCACAGGCGGUAGAGGCAGAGCUGGAGAGAGAGAUCCAGAUGGGGAAGGAGCAGAGAAGAUUUCUCCUUCAGAAGUUGUUUUUCAAGGCGUGGAGGAGAGCGAGUGGUGAAGAGGCAGAGCGGGGGAACGAGAGAUGCUCCGUGAUCCAAGACGGGCAUGCUGCAUCUACUCUCCUAGAGAUGUGGAAGAGAUGGAGGAGAUCUUUGGAGCUUGAGCUGAAAUCAAGAUCACUUGCUGAGAAUAAUCAGCAUCGAAUGCUGGAGGAAAGCUUUCAUUUAUGGCACCGACACACCCAGCAAAGCAUGAGUGCAGCCGUAGGAAGAUUCCAUGCCAGGUUGAAUGAAUCCUGUAGUUCUCUUCAGAAUCCAGAACUCCAUCCUUCAAGCGUUCCACCUUCACAAUCACCCUCCUCCUCCUCCUCCUCCUCCUCCUCCUCCUCCUCUCCUUGUUCAUCAUCACCACCAUCCCCUGCAUUGUUAUUAUCGAAGCUUCAGGCUCAUGGGAUGCUAUCUCCAUCUGCAUCGUCUCCAUCACCCCUGAGGGAGAUGUCCGUCCACCUUCGAGAGGAUUUGUAUACAGAGUUCUCCCAUUCUGUGAUGAGCAGAAGAGCUGUUGAGCCAUCUGUAUGGCAUGGAUCUGCUGAAGACAUCCCAGCAACAGAUGCGACUCCACAUGGACAAGAUCCCUCAGUGUUCACAUCGCUGGAUCGCAUCAGUAGAACUCCAUCCCCGCUCCGGAAUCUACACCCUGGCAACUCCACCGGUGAUCAGGAAGAUGCGGAUUUUGUACAUCCAAUAGCCUUUGAGGUCAAAGGUCAGUUAGAGUCAGGUGAAGGGUCAGUCAUAAGUCUAGAUCAAGGUGUUGAAUCGUCUGGUCGGAGCAUAGACUCCCAUCCCAGCCACAUUGGUGUCUCCUCAAUCGCCGACAGCGGUUACCAUGCCAAUGGAUUCAUGGUCUUCUCGAACGGGGAGUCGCAGCUGGACGGCAGCAGUGACAGCACCUCCUCCGUGCAGAGCGUGAAGGACACCGUCAGCUCCACCGAUGUCUUACGGAUGUCUCCACACAAGAACAACAACAACAACAGUGCAUCUCAGCUCCUGGAGCUAUCCCAGCACAGAGAAGAGUGGGUGGGGCUUACCAAACUCUGGUGUUCAACUGAGGGCCCUCCAGGAAAAAUAGAGGAUAUCGACCCCUUCCUCAGGGAAAUAGCAUCUCCUGGAAGUGCUGGGCAAAAUGUAAAUGACAUGCUAAUCAUGGAGAAUGGCACAAGUCCACUCGGUUGUCACAGUGGUUCUGUGUCAUCCAGAGUCAGAUGCUUCCAAGUACAACAUGGUGAUGCAUUGCAUAGAUGUACAAGUGACAUCAGGAACACUAGUGAUAUGGAUAUGAUUGGUAUAGACGGAGGAACGAUGAACUUUCCAGCUGAAGCAUAUGUUGAGACGGAGGAUGAUGACGAUGAUGGUGAAGACGAUGAUGAUGAUGGGGAGGAUGGGAAUGAUGUUCAUGGAUAUGAUGAUAACAUCAGUAAUGGAUCGCUUGGAUCUGGGAACUCAUUGCGAACCCCUGAGAAGUCUACUGCUCAGUUCAUAAAUCUGCAAAGAUUGACAGCCAUUAACAAUAAAAAGGCCUAUAUGACAUCGGUCAUCCUUCGCCUUCGGCUCUGGCCCGCCAGCGCUGCUUUCUACCAGUGGUUGGAAUACACCCGAUUGAAGAAGAUGCACAGAGAGUACAGAGCUCUGGUCGAAGGCAGGAUGAAUGAUGCUGAGCUGCGAGAUGCAUUUCAACAUUGGAGGCAGCACAGCAGUGAUAGUCAGCUUGCUGCCAGCUAUCUGAAUAAGAGGUUGAUGGAGAGAUAUUUCCGCACUUGGGCCUGCAUCAAGGAGAGAGAAUCGAAAGGGGAGAUACAGGCAGCAAUAGCAAUGCAGUUUGCAUCAAGCACAUUACUCAAAUCAGCAUGGAACAGGUGGAAAGAACAUUUCCUACAGAGCUUGUAUCCCAUUGGUCCUCGGCCCUCCUGGAGUGCCCAUUUCAGCCAAUCAGAACUCAUGUCUCAUAGGUGUGCCUCCUUUCAAGCGCAGACCCAGGGCAGGAAUGUGAAAGAGUGUCUGAUGUUCUGGAGAUUAAGAUGGAGACAGCUGGAAGAGGCCGAUGGCUACAGGUCAAAGGUCAUACUCAAGAGAUGCUUGCAAGCCUGGCGGAGCUGGAGUAGAGAGAAAAGAUGGAGGGAGGAUGCUGCUAGGAUCAUUUUAGAAGCAAGACGGAAGAAAAUGGCUUUCAGACGCUGGAGGAUGCAGCUUGCUAAGCAGGACCUGGUCCAUACCCACUACCACGGAGCAGCUAACAAUCAUCUCAGCCUCAUCAUCCAGGUAUGGCAUGGGUGGGCGGAGACAACCAAGAGACUCCGCCUCACUCAUCAGGUCGUGACGCAACGAUGCCGUGCUGGCCUCCUGAAUGGGGCCUGGUUGUCAUGGAAACAGGAGGCAGAGAAAACCAGGCGAGCUAAGGCAUUCCAGGACGGGAAGAUUCUUCAUAGGACUUACAGUGGAUGGAAAUCAGUAAUCCAUGGUGUGAAGCGGCAUAGACUGAGCAUGGAUUCCAUCCAGUCAAGGAAGAAACAUGCAACACUAUCUUCUUGCUUCAAACUCUGGCAGAUGGAAUACAAGGCCAGGAGGUUUGCUGUAAUGCAGGAGCACAGACAGGCUAGGAGUACACUGACCAAGGUCCUUACUGCGUGGAAGAUGUUUGUUGCAGAAAGGCGUCGUGAGAGACAAGAACAGAAUGAAGUCCUACAAGAGGCUUUUUCGAUUUGGCGAAAUCAGUACCUUGAAACGAAACGUAGAAAGCAAGUGACCCUGUCUGCUGCCACCCACUGGCGACAUUUAGUUAGGAGAUCAAGGGAGCUGACGGAGACCAUGAAUUUGUUCCGGAGCUCAUUGGAGGAAAGAAAGCUAAAACAAACAUUCAUCUGGUGGCAGAGGUCAUGGAUAAGUCAUCAGCUUACUCAUCGUUACUAUGGCAACACACUCCUCAACAGAUCCAUGCAGGGAUUGAAAGAGCUGCUCCAGAGGUCUAGAAGACACAGUGUCUUGGAACAGCAUUUUGUAUCUCAGAGGAGGAAAGCUUUGUUGGAAGUGUACUUCAGGAAGUGGAAGGAUAGGCAAAGUCACAUGACAGACCUUCAUGUCACAGCCGCAAAGGUCAAAGUUGAAUUGGCAGACAAGUCAGUCGGUGUCGCAUUUCUCAUGUGGCGUCUACGCUAUCGAGAGAGACAGACUGAGCAUAGCUUCAAGCAUAAGCUCAUGUUGAAGGCCUGGCAAACAUGGAGAGGAUCACAAGCCAAUUAUCAGAAAGCUGAAAGCAUGAGAGGAGAAAGAGAGAAGUCCCUACUGAGGCAGUCUUUCAAUGCCCUACGGAACUGGGCAAGAGAUCACUCGGGAAGGAGAAUCGUUCUGCAAUGUGUACAGACCAGGAAGAACCAUUUCACCCUCAAGAUGACAUUUGCAGUAUGGCGAGACGAGAGCCGAUUGAGACAGCUGGCCAAAGAUCAUCAUAACAUGUGCAUCCAGAGGAGGGUUCUAAUCGCUUGGAGGAGUUUCAGUCAGAAACAGAAGGUCUUAAAUGCUCUCCGCCAGAAGGUCGCAUGUCGAGUGAGUGAGAGAAGGCAACAUGAAGCUUUCAGAGUGUGGAGAGGCGCCUACCUUGCAACUCGGGAAGCAGAAGCUAAGAGGAAAGAGGAAGCAGCACUUCUUACUAGGUGCUUUAGUGACUGGCGUAAUGAGGUACACGAGGUCCAGGCUCAGCGACUGAGGGAGAGGAGGAGGAGGAUGAGAUGGGCGGUGGCAAGAUGGAGGAAGAGCAUGGAAAGAAAGAAAUUGAUAAGACAGUAUGAGAGCGAUCUAGAGGAGCUAGCAGUGCUUCACUGGGACCAUGGUGUGAGACGAGGAUAUUUCAACAAAUGGAGGUCAACUCUUCAAGCAGUCAGACAUCAAAGAAGACAGUGCUUUCUGGAACAGAAAUAUGGCCUCCUGUGGAAGCAGCAUGUCACUCAGAUGCUGAUGGCCCGAGCCAUGGCAAGGUACUUGAGGCUUGAGAGAUGUUGGAAAACUUGGAGGAAACACUUCAUAAUGGAUCGUGUCUCAAGAGAGAUGUUGGAACAGGAUCAACGUAUGCUUCUCACCAAGGUUUUCCACCGAUGGCGCCAACUUGCUACUCUACAGAGAAUGGAACUAGGCUCUAAAGAAUGACUGCUCUUGGUCCUCGAACUCAUAAUGGACAUCUCAAUAUGUUGAUGGAGUUUCGUGCAGUGGAAAAUUGUUAUGAAACACUCUUGGGUCGUAAUCUAAAAAUGAUGUUAUGUAAGGAAAAAUGAUGUUUUGAAAAGUGAUGGAAAAUCACUGAAAUUGAUCGUGGGUGCGGGCUGUUUGUGGCUAUGGUAGCCUUCCAAUUUGAACUGACAAUUCGUACGCUGCAUGGAUCCCGCACCCAUACCAAAAAUGGUUCUUAUCUGGUCAUGGAAAAGGGAAAAAAAAUACUAGGUCAUGAAAAGUCAUUGAAUUUGGUUCUCAAAUUUAUGUGGUAACCCUGAAUAAGGUAUUACUAUUCCAACGCUGCUUAGAUUCUGCAUCCAUACCAAAAUGGUACUUAUCAGGUCAUGGAAUGACAUUGAACUUGGUUCUAAAUUACUGCCCUAUUAGUAACUCUGCUGAUUCGAGCUCUUCAUAUUCUUUUGUAUUUCAAACAUGAUACAAUGAGAUACCUGAUAAAGCAAGGUAAUUUCUAUAGCCCCAAUUUUCUUUUUAUAACGAGUUUACACUGUACUUUCCAGUACUUAAAGUUGUUUUGAUUAACAUUAGAAAACAAACACAAGCACGAACAAAACUAUGUACAAAGCUUAGUCUUCCAACAUGUAAAUUGCAAUGAUAUAAAGAUAGAUGAAAUAUAAUUUAAGUAAAGAAAUGCACAUGAAUAUAAGCCUGUAAAGUUGAACAAAUUACACAGGAGAAAGUUGAACGAAUCGUAUAUCACUUUGUAUGUGCAAUAAAUAUCUUUAUUAUGUCUGAAGCAUUUAUUCUGUAUUGUGUUGUAUUAUUUAUGAAUAAUAUCAUUCCUAUUUUUAUCUCCAGGUAUGUUAUGUAAUAGCAGACUUGAUGUGUAAUUUACAUUGUGUUUAUUUGUGUUAUAGAUUAUAUUUUUGAGAACAUGUAAAUGUUAUUAGAAAGCUUAAUGUAGUCGAGUUUUAAUGAUAGUGUCGUCUAUAUAAAAAAAAAAUCCUCAAAAGGCUCAUUCACAUAUAAUGCGGUAAACAGCAGUAAAACAACUUGUUGUGUAGACCAGUUGGUGUACACGCUCGCAUAGAAUAGGCCGUGCAUGAAACCGAAGUUGGAGUUGGGUUGCGUACGUGGCGUGUUAUGUUAUCCUUUCUUCACACUGGAUUAAAGUGUUAUGAGGUUGAAUUUAUACAAUCAAGCUACAUAGGAAUUUUUUGUUGUUGAGGUGAUUGGCACAAUGCCAUGCACUUAAUUUGCAUCAGCGGUUUACUGUGUAUUAAGCGCUUUAUAAAUGUAAUUUAUUAUUAUUAUUAUUAUUACUGUGACAUAUGAGAAUGAGGCUAAAAUAGUAGCAAUUUAGUUCAAAUUUUAUAGUCUUUUGGGAUAUUUUGGAGUAAUCAAAUAACUUUUAUCAUUUACAAUCAAGAAUUUGAACAAUCAAGAAAAAAAAGGCGGUAGAAUUUUCAAUGAAACAUGUGUCCAUGUACAGUUUUGCUUCCAAUGACUUUCUUCUUGCCAAAUUGACUACUUACAAAAAGAGAAGAGGAGAGAGAGAGAGAGAGAAAGGCUUUUUUAUUAGUGGUCCAAUUUAUUUAUUUAUUUAAAACUUCACAAGCUGUUGAUCUUAUUUUUCUGCUUUCAUACACAUGAACUUAUUACAAGGGUUGGAUUGCCCUUUAGUACAGUUAGAUGUGUUCAACAACAUAUUGGACUAAGCAUUGUGGAUGAUAAGAGCUAGUAACAACAAUAAAUCUUUGCCAUCGGGAAGUUUCUUGCUUUGCAAAUGGAAGCCCUUAAAUAUUUUAAUUCACAAGUACACAGUAUGCAGACUUUGCUCAUAUGUUUUUUUUUGUAAUUUGUGAGUCUUCUGUAAUUACACAAUUAUCACUGCUGUUUUAUUCUCUGCAUGUAUGUCUAUUUCUAUUUGUGUUUACCUAUUUUAAUUUCUGAAAUGGUUAUCCAGGGUGUAUGUAUUUUAGGUUAUGCAGUGCUAUCUUAUGUAGGCUUAAAUGUAUGUAUACAUCGGGCUAUAUUAUGUAUUUAUAUUCCACAUACUAAGAAAUUUGCUUUAUGA